AUGGAGCGGCGCGGCAACGCUGGUUACGACAGGCACAUCACUAUCUUCUCGGAACAGGGGAGACUCUACCAAGUUGAAUAUGCCUUCAAGGCCAUCACAGCGGCGAACAUCAUGUCGGUCGGUGUGCGGGGCAAGGACUGCGCCGUAGUUUUGUCCCAGAAGAAGGUGCCGGAUAAACUCAUCGACCCCUCAUCUGUAUCGCACAUCUUCCAAAUCUCGCCGUCAGUCGGCUGCGUCAUGACCGGCUCCAUUGCCGAUGCCCGCGCCUUCUCGCAGCGCGCCCAGUCCGAAGCCGCCGACUUCAAGUACAAGUUCGGCUACGAGAUGCCAUGCGACGCUCUGGCCAAGCGGCUGGCCAACAUCAGCCAAGUGUAUACUCAACGGGCGUACAUGCGACCGUAUGGCGUUGCGACUACGCUGAUAUCGCUCGAUUCCGAGUUCGGGCCCCAACUGUUCAAAUGCGACCCCGCCGGCUACUACAUUGGGUACAAGGGCACCGCCGCGGGCCCCAAACAGCAAGAGGCGCUCAACCAUCUCGAGAAGAAACUCAAGAACAAGGACCACGCGCCGGGUGACUGGAAGGAGGUGGUUGAGCUGGCCAUCACUACUCUCAGCACCGUCCUUAGCAUGGACUUCAAGAAGACUGAAAUCGAAAUUGGCAUUGUUGGAGGGCCGCGUCCCGAUGGCCAGGAAGGGACGUACCCAGGCUUCAGGAAGCUGACGGAAGAUGAGAUCGACGAGAGGUUACAGGCGAUCGCCGAGAAGGACUGA